GUUUGCAAACUGUCGUUGAGCAGAGCCAGUCUCAAGCUGUCCACGCUGACAAGACCUUUUUUUCACGAGCUGCUUGAAGCGUGAGCUUGCAGAACCAUUCGGCCCAAGCUGGUGGGGUGCGGAUUUCAAUUCCUCCCGCUCAUCUAUGGCUGUGGAAGGCCAAUUGCCAGAAAAGCAGAACGGAUGCUUGGCGAACUCGUACGCACUUGGCGUAUGCGCCUUUGUAGCUUUCACUGGAUUCUUUCAUGGCUAUGACAAUGGGGUGGUGAACGAUGUAUUCACCAUGCCAAGCUUUCGCAGCAUGAUGGGAUGGCCCGAGGAAGACAAUGCUACUGUCGCGUUAUGGGAAGGCUUCACAGUGAACGGUUUCAACCUGGGAGCUGCAAUUUCGGCAGUUCUAGCGGGCCACCUUUUGGUGGACAGACAUGGCCGCUGGCCUGCCUUGCUCGUGGGCUCCCUGCUCUUUGCAGCAGGCGGGGCUUUGCAAGCAGCAGCGAUGAACACCGCCAUGUUGAUUCUUGGCCGAGUUGUGGCUGGUGUGGGCGUUGGAAUCACCUCUUCGGCUGGCCCAGCUUUCAUCGCAGAGGUGGCACCAGAGAAGAUUCGCGGCAUGCUUGUGGGAAUCUACCAGAACAAUGUUUGUUUAGCCAUCGUGGCUGCAGCUCUCCUGAACUACUUUGUUCAUGAUCUCGAGGUUGGAUGGAGGCUCUCCCUCGGCCUGCAAGUAGCCAUGGGCUGCUUGGUUUGUGGUGGCCUGUACUUUGUUUGCGAGACACCUCGCUUUCUGGAAAGCAAGGGACGCUCUGCCGAGGCGCUUCAAAUUCUGACGCGUUUGCGCUCCGGGGAUGAGGCUGUGGCAUCCCAAGAACUCAAGGAGGUGCAGGCAGAGCUGAUGGAGGAGCAGCAAACCGGUGAAGCCACGUGGGCCGAAGUCUUCACAACUCCAUAUUUCCGAAAUGCGGUGGUGAUCGGAUGCUUGACACAAUUCUUCCAGAUCAUGACUGGCAUCAAUGCAAUGGUCAGCUUCAGUGGAACGCUGUUCCAGGCAUUGGGCGUUGCCGGCAUUGUCCCAUCUCUGAUACCCUUUGUCUCUUUCACGCUGGGCAAUGCAGUUGGCAGCUUCUUGCUGGUGGAUCGUGCUGGGCGACGAGUCCUGCUUCUCUGGGGCAUGGCUGCCAUGUGCGUUUCGAUGAUGGUGGGCGGAAUCACGGCUUUGGCUGCUCAUGACCCUGAAAGUGAUUCCAUAGAUGCCGUCGCAGGAUAUGUGAUUAUUGCGACCAUUGUUUUCUACAUGUUCGCCUUUGGAAUUUCUUGGGGCUUCGGUGCAUGGCUCUACAUAUCAGAAAUUAUGCCGCUGCGUGUCCGUGGAAAGGCAGUUGGGCUGUGCACAGCGAUGAACUGGGGUCCUGCCAAUGUCCUCAGCGCGUUCUUGACUCCACAGAUGAUCGCCUCACCCAUGGGCCCUGGGGGCACCCUUCUAUUCUUUGGAUGCGUCUGCCUGAUGGUCAUCCCCUUUGCAGCCACCUGCAUUCCAGAGACCAAGGGAAAGACGCUGGAAGAGGUGGUGCCACUGUUCCGCUUUUCCGGCUGGUCCGGCUUUCGAAAGUUUGUCAAGGGCAACUGGCAAGGAGGCCUCGGAUAUGUGGAAGCACAGUAUGCAGACACUGUACCAGCAUCAAAGUGAAGGGAAGUGCAUCCCACUCAGCUUUCAGAUUCUCAAGGGCUCCAUGAGGCUGCCCUUCGUCGAAAAGACACCAAUUCAUUGCAUUCAACCAUCUCAGCUUUGUUCAGAGGUGGGGCAGCCUUCUAUCAACUCAAUUUUCUUGAGGGAACAGUUGCUGUCCCAGGAAUUCUUUAGGCAAAAACUGUCACAGCACCCUGUGGUUGUGAACACCAUGUUGUAUAGCCUGCUUCGUACACAACUCAGAAGCCCCUUGCGAUCUACCAUACUUGC